CAGCACCAUGGCGGCUGACUCGGUGGUCAGGCGGAGUCUCGCCUGGAUGAAGCACGCAGCCAUCAGAGCCUCACCAGGCGGCCUGAGCAGCACUGGGAACCACCAGAGACUGGCAAACCUCCAUCACGCAACCAAGGAGAUGUUCACCAGACAGGGGGACGUGCGCGUCCGCCGAUAUUCCACCAUGGGAGCAUGUUUCAGCAUCUGUUCAGCUGGAGGUGUACAAGGCAGACAGCGAAGCCCCGGUGUCAGCCCCGGGGAUAAACAUCUGAAAUACCACAGGGACUGGUCAAGCAGUCGACUCUUCUCUGGACACACCAGGUUAUUUAACCAGGACAAUUCCACAGUGGGGCGGCUGACGUCGGAGGACAUGAAUAAAGCGAGAAAUGCCAAGACUAAAGACUUCAAGCAUCAUAAACAAGUGCUCAGUGAAAAGGCCAGAGAGAGGAAGGUGCCUGUCACACGGAUAGGACGGCUCAUGAACUUUGGAGGUCUGGCGGUUGGUCUUGGUUUUGGGGUGAUCGCUCAAAUGGCAAAGAAAUCCUUAAAACUCCAACAAAAUGAUAAAGGUGAAAAGAAAGCCGUCCUAGAUUCGAGUCCAUUCCUCUCCGAAGCAAACGCUCAGAGAAUUGUCCGCACGCUCUGCAAAGUUCGAGGUGCCGCUCUGAAACUCGGACAGAUCCUCAGUAUUCAAGACGAAGCAUUCAUUAACCCUGAGUUGGCCAGAAUCUUUGAGCGUGUUCGACAGAGUGCCGACUUCAUGCCCAUUCAACAGAUGAUGAAAACUGUCCGCAAUGACCUCGGGCCAAACUGGAGAGACAAGCUGGAAUACUUUGAGGAGAAGCCGUUUGCUGCUGCGUCUAUCGGACAGGUGCAUCUUGGGAGGCUGAAGGACGGCAGAGAUGUCGCCAUGAAGAUUCAGUAUCCUGGCGUCGCCAAGAGUAUCAACAGUGACGUGCACAAUAUCAUGACCGUACUGAGCUUAAGCAACGCGCUGCCGAGAGGUUUGUUUCCCGAGCAUCUCAUCGAGGUCAUGAGUCGCGAGCUGGCGCUGGAGUGCGAUUACAUAAGAGAGGCAAACAGUGCCAGAAAAUUCCAGGAGCUGCUGAGAGGUCACCCGCUCUUCUGUGUGCCUGACGUGAUUGACGAGCUGAGCAGCCGCCAUGUCCUCACCACCACGCUGGUACCUGGUUUCCCGCUGGACAAGGCCACCGAACUCUCGCAGGAACUCAGGAAUGAGAUUUGUGAACAAAUCUUGAUUCUGUGCCUGCGGGAAGUCUUUGAGUUCAGAUUCAUGCAGACGGAUCCAAACUGGUCCAACUUCUUCUUCGAUCCGCAAGCUCACAAGGUGGCGUUGUUGGAUUUCGGAGCCACGCGAGGAUUUGAUAAGAGCUUCACCGACGCCUACAUCGAGAUCAUCAAAGCAGCUGCAAAUCAAGACAGAGAAGGAGUUCUGCAGAAAUCCGUAGAAAUGAAGUUUCUCACAGGAUACGAGUCGAAGUCGAUGGAAAACGCCCACGUGGACGCGGUGAUGAUCCUCGGCGAGGCCUUUUCCUCACAGGAGCCCUUUGACUUCGGAUGUCAGAGCACGACCAAGCGCAUCCAUGACCUCAUCCCCGUGAUGCUGAGGGAGCGCCUGACUCCGCCUCCCGAGGAAACCUACUCCCUCCACAGGAAGAUGGGCGGCUCCUUCCUCAUCUGCUCCAAACUCAAAGCUAAAAUACCGUGCAUGAACAUGUUCCGGGAGACUUACAGCAACUACUGGAAAGACGGCGGACACGGUGAGUCAGCGCAGUAGCUGGACCCCCCAAUUAAACAAUUAAACACGCACAUCCUUACAUGUCUAUAUAUAUUUUUAGUGUCCGAUUAUGUCCAGGUGCUGUGGAGUUUUUACUCUGUCUUGUCAAGUAAACUGAUAAGAAAAAAAAUAUCAUCUCUGUUACAAACAGAUUCAUCUCAAUCCAUUGAAUAUCAUGUGUGACAAUUAUUUGUCUGUGCUUUCUUGUUGCACUUGUUUUGCAUCGUACUGUACAACAUGAUUAUUCUGUGCCUUUUUCCACUAACUGUAUUUCAUGUGAUUCCAGGAACGUCACUUUAAAUAAAUUGACCCUGAUUUUGGAAAAAAAACA